CGCGUGAAAAGCGGGAUGUGAGGGAGGGAGCAUGCGGGGAGCGCGAGAGAAGAACGCUGCCAUGCAAACCAUCGCUUGACAGCGUCUUUUUUUCUUUUUCUUUUUUACUUCCACCUGCGUUCGUUGCAUAAGGAUUGUGCAUUUCAUCUGUCCGGUCAUUGAAAUCGCUCAUCUUAUUUCGAUGCCCGAGCGCGAUGCAUCUUUGCUUUAACAGACGGAGUCGCGUGAAGGAUGCUGCACACGGAGGAUCGCUGUUUGACAUGCACUGACAUUUAAAAUGAGCCAUCUGAACCGUGCACAUCUCGUGCAUUUCGACUCAUGAGUGCACAGCGCAUGCUUUUAAUCUGAGCAUAAUCUCCGUAGGCUGCUCUGACACAUUUCUAAACGUUUGUAAUGGGGGUCAGCACAAGACCCCGAGGCGGUGUUAUUUGAUUGCAAGCUCUAUUACGUGUUUUACUUCUAUAUCAUAUAUACUUGCAUCAUCAGAUAGGAGCGUUGAUCAGCAGUUAAGCUUGUGAAACUGCGGCGCGCGCGGGUUGUGUGUGGUGCUGAACGGACAGCUCCCACCACAGCGGAUCAUAUGGAUCAAUAUUAGGGGUCUGACAGUGUCGCUCUCGGGCUUUAAUGGCUGUGGCACGCAAGAUCAAAACUCUGCUGACGGUCAACAUUCUGGUGUUCGUCGGGAUCAUCUUGUUCUCGGUCUACUGCAGGAUCCAGGACCGAUCCGAAGAGCUCGUGCAGAUCGGGAGGCUGUCGGAUCAGAGACUGCGAGGCAGGAAUGCCAAAGUUACGAACUCCUUGGACAGACAGUCCAUUCUCAAACGGCUCGAGCGACUAGAAGAUGUGGUGUAUAAUCAGUUAAAUGGUCUAGCCAAACCCAUGGGACUGGUGGAGGGACCUGGAGGUCUAGGACAGGGUGGUGCAGCUGCUACGCUGGGGGAGGACAGCCGAGAGAGCGAAGGGAGGUACGAGGAGUACGGCUACAAUGCUCAACUGAGUGACCGCAUCUCCUUGGACAGGAACAUUCCGGACUACAGGCCGAAAAAGUGUAAGCAGUUGACCUACCCUGAUGACCUUCCCCAGAUCUCCGUCGUCUUCAUCUUUGUGAACGAAGCUCUAUCUGUCAUCCUGCGUUCUGUUCACAGCGUGGUCAACCACACCCCAGCACACCUGCUCAAAGAAAUCAUACUGGUGGAUGACAACAGUGACAGCGUGGAGCUGAAGUUCAAUCUGGAUCAUUACGUGAAUAAGCGAUAUCCUGGCCUGGUGAAGAUCGUGAGGAACAGUAAGAGAGAGGGACUCAUUCGGGCCAGGAUUCACGGCUGGAACGCAGCCACUGCUCCUGUUGUGGGCUUCUUUGACGCCCACGUGGAGUUCAACAUGGCCUGGGCUGAGCCUAUCCUCACCAGAGUGAAAGAAGAUCACACUAGGAUAAUCCUCCCUGCGAUAGAUAAUAUCAAGUACAACACCUUUGAGGUGCAGCAAUAUGCUAAUGCAGCUCAUGGCUACAACUGGGGACUCUGGUGCAUGUACAUCAUCCCACCGCAGGAUUGGCUGGACAAAGGAGAUGAGACUGCCCCCAUCAGGACACCUGCAAUGAUUGGCUGUUCCUUUGUUGUGGAUCGUGAGUAUUUUGGAGAAAUCGGACUGCUUGACCCAGGCAUGGAGGUCUAUGGAGGAGAGAACAUUGAGCUUGGUAUGAGGGUGUGGCAGUGUGGCGGCAGUAUGGAGGUUCUUCCAUGUGCCAGAGUAGCGCACAUUGAACGUACAAAGAAACCGUACAACAAUGACAUCGACUACUAUGCCAAGAGAAACGCGUUGCGGGCAGCAGAGGUCUGGAUGGAUGAGUUUAAGUCCCACGUCUAUAUGGCCUGGAAUAUCCCCAUGAAUAACCCAGGAGUGGAUUUUGGAGACGUGUCGGAGCGCGUAGCACUGAGGACGAAAAUGAACUGCAGGAGCUUUCGCUGGUACCUCGAGCAUGUCUAUCCCGAGAUGAGAAUUUACAAUAACACCAUCACUUAUGGAGAGGUGCGAAACAGUAAAGCCAGUGGGUACUGCCUUGACCAGGGGUCAGAGGAGGAUGACAGGGCCAUACUUUACCCAUGCCAUGGCAUGUCAUCACAGCUGGCAAGGUACACCACCGAGGGCUUAUUGCAGUUAGGACCCUUGGGGUCGACUACGUUUCUGCCUGACACAAAAUGCCUGGUGGAUGAUGGAAGAGGAAGGACUCCCAGCUUGAAAAAAUGUGAUUCUGUCACCCGGUCCUCCCAGAGGCUCUGGGAUUUUACUCAGAAUGGGCCCAUCAUAAGUCGAGACACAGGACGUUGUCUGGAGGUUGAAAUGUCAAAAGAUGCGAACUUUGGCUUGCGGCUGGUCGUCCAGCGCUGCUCAGGGCAGAAAUGGAUGAUUCGGAACUGGAUAAAACACCCCAGACACUGAGGAACAUCCAACCUGAUAAAUAACCUCCCUGAGCUGAAGAGAAUCCAUAGACAAACCCUGGAGUAUGGGGUUGAGACAGAGGAGAUGAACUCGCGUGCAAGAUACUCUCUUUCAGGGUAAAAUGCUUUUAAUAUAGACGUCCAAAGGUGGAAUAUUAUCUUUGGACGCAUUUACUGUUGAACGAGCAGCUAAAUCAGAAGACCGUCAUCACAGGAGAAAGACUGGUUCAUUGCAAGUCCACUGUUCAGACUCCCAGCGUACUACAGCAUAAUUCUGAUGAGCUGUUAUAGUGAAAUUCCAAGAGGAAAAUUCGAAAGAGUUGCGG